CAGCCUCCUGUCCCUCAGACCUCGCUCUGAGCACACUGAAGCCUCUCUGCUUCAGAGGAAGACCAAACCAAAGGGUUUGAAGUCCGUGUAGUGAACGUUAUCUCGUCCCUGCUGGUCGGGGUACGAGUAGGGAGCUGGUCUCACCUAAUAGUGUCUGGAACACUACACCUAUUUAUUUUACGGCUGAACACAGACAGGUGACCAUGGAUCUCCAGGAGGAAUACAGGGCUGAGGGAUAUGUGAAAGAAUUCACCCGCCACUCCACAGAUGUGCUGCUGAACCUGAACGAACUUAGGCACCGCCACAUUCUGACUGAUGCCACGCUGGUGGUGGGCAGCCACCAUCUGCAGGCGCACUGUGCUGUGCUCGUGGCCUGCAGUGGUUUCUUCUACUCGUUGUACUCCACCCGUGCGUUCAUUCACAGUGGCAGCAGAGAGCCGCUCCUCUCUGUGUCUCUGCCCAGUACUCUGGACCCCUCCAGUGUCUCUCUGCUAUUGGACUUCAUGUACACUUCACGGCUCCCUCUAACCCCCAGCAUCGCCCCUGGGGUCCUGGCGGUGGCAACCUAUCUGCAGAUGGACCAUGUGGCAGAAACCUGCCGGGACUUCAUCCUGCACUGCAGGGAGAGCAUGGGCAGCAGAGUGCCCCUGGAGCCGGUCUCCAGGGUGUUUGUGACCUCUGUCCAAGACAAGGCCUUGCCCCAUCCAGGACUGCAGCUCCAGCUCCCAGUGUCAGGACCCAUCAGGAUCCAAAUGGAGGUCGGGGACUCCAUGAAACCAAUGAGUCAGUCUGAGUCAAAGGAGCCAAACAUGCACACGGACAUACUUCUUUCACCUGACAGCCCUACCCGCUCCAGCUGUCAGCCCAGCUCUCCUGCUGAGUCCAACACCUGCAACAAGAAUCUCAUGAGUGAUUCCAGAGCUACCCCUGACCCCAAAGCCUGCAAUUGGAAAAAGUAUAAAUACAUCAUCCUCAAUCCUCUUCUCACUGACACUGUUAAAGAAGAGGAACAGUUCCCCGCUGCAGACAGAACCGCCCCAAAAACCAGGACCCCUGUGGAGGCGUGGCCUGGAGAAGUGCCUGGUCAGAUGAAUAGACAGGGGCGGGCCUCCUGCUACGAGGGUUCUGGCCGAGCCCCUCCCCUUGGAUCACCGACCUCAGAGGACAAAACUGCACUGGUCCCAGCCCACGUGGAGGGAACAGCAGGCAUCCCAAACAAACCCCCAAUCAAGACAGAAAGAUCUUUUUAUUGCUAUUCUGGAAACUCUGGAGUAACAAAGACUACAUGCUCAGUUGAAAGGCCAUAUAGGUGUAAUGUGUGUGGAGCUCAGUUUAACCGCCCAGCGAAUCUGAAGACUCAUGCUCGCAUCCACUCUGGAGAGAAGCCCUACAGAUGUGACACCUGCGGAGCUCGCUUUGUUCAGGUUGCCCACCUCAGAGCCCACGUGCUGAUCCACACAGGGGAAAAGCCGUACCCCUGUCAUACCUGUGGCACACGUUUUCGCCACCUGCAGACGCUUAAGAGUCACCUAAGGAUCCACACCGGAGAGAAACCAUACUCUGUGAGCAUCUGUAUUCUUCUAGUCAUACUUUGCUGCUUAUCACUUAAUAUUUCCUGGGGCAACAGCGGCUUCUUCAAAAGCGAAGUCCAGAAGGCACACUCCAAAGUAUACGCCAAGGGUCCGCUACUGGCGCGAUGA